AACGGCGACUGUCCCCAGACUGCCCCCAGACUGCCCCCAGACUGCCUCCAGGUUGCCUCCAGACUGCCUCCAGACUGCCUCCAGAUUGCCUCCAGAUUGCCUCCAGACUGCCUCCAGACUGCCUCCAGACUGCCCCCCGACUGCCUCCAGACCCGUCUCCCGCUGUCCACUGCCAGCCCCGGGCAUGGCACGCAGCGCGCGGAAGCGCAUCAGCUACGUGCUCCCGCUGGCCAACUCGGCGGGCGGCCACCGACUCGGAGUCAAUGGUCUCGCCGUCGACCCGCAGAGCUCGACGCUCUACUCGGGCGGCCGCGACGGCGUCAUCUGCGCCUGGGACCUCGGGCUCGACCUGACCAAGGCCGUCGACGAUGAGCACGACCCCUUCGCCGACCGCCAUGCCGCCGACUACGCGCCCCCGCCGACGCGCUUCCGUUCGCAGGUGCAGGCUCACACGCACUGGAUCAACGACGUCGUCCUCGCCCACCACAGCGCCGCGCUCGUCUCGGCGUCGUCGGAUAUUACCGUCAAGGUCUGGCGCCCGGCCGCGCACGACGCCGUCCCGCCCGCGACCAUCGGCCUGCACACGGACUACGUGAAGCGCGUGGCGUCGCCGGGCCCGGCCGAGAACUGGGUCGCGUCUGGCGGGCUCGACCGCAAGAUCAGCCUGUGGGACCUCAAUGGCGGCGGGCGCACCCUCGAGAUCCAUGUCGGCGAGGACGACAACGCGUCGGCCAAGGGUUCCGUCUACGCGCUGGCCGCCACCCCCACCAUGAUUGCCAGCGGCGGGCCCGAGAGCGUCGUGCGCGUGUGGGACUCGCGCACAGGCAAGCGCAUCACCAAGUUUGUCGGCCACACGGACAAUGUGCGCGACAUCCUCGUAGCCCGCGACGGCGAGACCAUUCUGACCGCCUCGUCGGACCAGACGGUCAAGGUGUGGUCCAUGAGCGCCGGCCGCUGCAUGCACACGCUCACCAUGCACAACGACAGCGUGUGGUCGCUGUUCUCCGAGGACCCGUCCCUCGCCGUCUUCUACUCGUCCGACCGCUCCGGCACCGUGGCCAAGACGGACGUGAGAAAGUGCGCCGAGUGGGACGAGGGGCUUUCCGUGGCCGUCUGCCAGGAGCACGAGGGCGUGGGCCGCGUCGUCAGCGCCGGCGACUACAUCUGGACGGCUACGUCGAGCUCCAGCAUCAACAGAUGGAAGGACGUCGACACGUCUGCCGACGUGGAGCUGCCAGAAUCAUACAAGUGGCACAGGAACAGCGUGGCUACCUCUCGCUCGCGCUAUCCCUCGCCGCCUGCAUCCAGCCCGCCCGCCAACGGCGGCGCUGCGAAGAUGCCCGGACGAGCGAUCCUGCGCAUGUCCAACACGGCGCCGUACCCGCAGCUGCUCACCAAAGACCCUGAUGGAUCCACACCCGCUAGCGCGCGAAAGCCAGCCGAGGCCCUCGAGACCGCCGCAGAAGCCCACGGCACGCUGGCGGUGCGAAACGCGCCAGACUUUUGCAUCGAAGGACAGAACGGGCUCAUGAAGCACCAUCUCCUCAACGAUCGCAGAAGGGUCUUGACCAUGGACACGGCAGGAGAGUGCAUGCUGUGGGACCUGAUCCAGUGCGCCCCAAUCAAGUCGUUUGGCAAGAGACACAUGGAGGAUGUCCUGCCCGAGUUGAACACUCGGGAGAGCGUGGCGCAUUGGUGUGCGGUCGACACAAGAAUAGGAACCUUGACCUGCGUCCUCGAGGAAAACCACUGCUUCGACGCCGAGAUGUACGCCGACGAGCUGCAGCUGGAAGAGCAGAUUGACUUCCGCGAAGACCACCGGAUCAAUCUGGGCAAGUGGGUCCUGCGAUAUCUCUUCUCCCAUUUCAUCGACGAAGAAAUCAAGCGCGACGAGAUGUACCGGGCCAAGCGCCUGCAGGAGAAGCAGCAAGAGGCUGUAUCCAGGCCAACCAACAUUGAGCUGCCCAACGCCACUCUCAACGGCUGGAAUCCGUCAGGGCCUGCGUCUGGCUCCACCCUCAGGGGGAACGGGUUCCACUUCCCACACACACCCGGCAUGGGCAUUGGCCUUGCCACUCCCACAAUACCGCCCGCCAGCGCUGGACGAGGGGCGCACGGCAAUGCGUACCUGACGCCGACCAACGAGGACGGCAACCCGCUCGAGCCUACCAAGUCGCAGCGAAGCUCGACCCAGGACGGCCAAGACUACUUUGGCGCAGCUUCCUCGAGCGGCCCCGCCAACGACAAGCCCGCGGAAGGUGCGACCGAGCCCAAAGAGGAAACCGUCUCAUCACCGACCGCGGAAGACACGCCAUCCAAAAAGGGCAAGGGCAUGUUUGGCAAAAAGUUCAAAAUGGGCUUCAGCAAGAACAUAUUCGCGACAGGCACGCCCAUUGCCGCCGAGGUGCACAAGCCCGUGGUCGAUGACAAGGAGAAGACGGACGACAGCGACUCGCAGUCGAACAAGACCAACGAGAAGACGUUUGAAGACAACUUCUUUGGCUCGAUUGAGCGGAUACGACACGGAUACGAGGAGACGCUGAACACGGGCGUCACAGACCUGGUCUCGGCGAUUGCGCCUAGCCUGCCCAACGAUACACCAGUGUUGAAGCCUCCAGCUAUGACUACUAUCCUCAUCCAGGAGGACCGCCCUGGGUCGGGUGGCGUGGCGGAUCUGUUCGAGGGCAAGGUCGGCACGUUGGGUCUUCAGGCUGACCUCAUCGAAAAGGCCGCGCCCAUGUGGCUCGGUGAGGUGCUGCUGCGCAACCAAUUGCCAGCCAAGGAUGUCGUCAAGGUUUCAUUCGUCCUGGAACCAUACCAGAACUCGCUACCUGCCAUCUCGACAGACGGCAACAAUCGCCUCAACGCCAACCGCAUGCUCCGCGCCCGCAAGAUCCUCGGGUACGUAGCCGAGCGCAUCGAGCCGCCCCCGACCAAGGAAGAGCAAGAGCAGGCAGAAGCCGACGGCACAGAUCUGCGGCCACACGAGUACCUCGAGCUCUACUGCAACGGCCAGCUCAUCGACCCGCGCAUGACGCUCGCGUCCAUGCGCGCGCACGUGUGGCGCGGCGGCGGCGACGUGGUGCUGCACUACAAGGCCAACGGGAAGAAGGAGCUCAAGCCGCUCCCGCAGCACCCGGGCUUGCCGUUCGCGGUGCAGCAGGGCGGGCUGAGCUCGGGGCUGGGCAGCAGCGCGGCGAGCGAGGGCAAGGCGAGCAGCGAGGCGGGCGGGAGCCAGCACUCGAGUCAGGGCGAGAACAGGAGUGCUGGGGUUGGGGAUUGAAGGAAUUGAAGGGACUGGAGGGAUUGAAGGGAUUGAAGGGGUUGACGGGAUUGAAGGGAUUGAAGGGAUUGAAGGGAUUGAAGGAUUGGGUGGAGGUUGGAUAUCUUUUCUCGACGUUCCUUGGCUGGCUUGGACUGUACAUAGUCUUAG